GCACGCGCGCGACCGGACAGUGGAGUAUUUUUGUUAAAAGACGGACUGUUAACCCGCAGAGGCCGAAUGACAGUUACCGUUUGAUUCACCCUGGGUUUCUUUGGUUUAAAUUUCUGACAUAACGUAAUAAAAACAUUUCUACAAAUGGGUCCCGGAUAAAGUAGAGAGAAUAUUCCAGAAACACCGUGGACUGCGGGGGUUUCGAGCGCAGGGAGGGCAACGCAGCGGCCCGCGGCCGUGAAGGAGCUUAGCAGGCGGCAGGAGCAGCAGAAGCAGCAACACAAACACAAGGAGCCGCCGCCGGCCAUUGUGUGUCAAGAGACGGAAUUCUCUCGUCACCGAAGCCCCGUCCCCUGCUCCUUACUACCCUUCCUGAUUCUGUUUUGGGAGAUUUCAGACCAGUAUCAUCGCCAAGAUAGCCGGGCCGGGCAGGAAGAGGCACUCAGAUCCAGACCCCAGCAGCGAUAGUGAUUCCAGCGACGGGCAGCCUGUUAGUGCCAAGUGCCUGAAGAUGGCCAGCAGCGGAGGUACCUGUAUGGCUGGUAGUGAAACAGCGGGCCGUCGUGGUGGGGCUCAACCGAGAGGAGGAGGAGGAGGUGGGAGGGAGAACAGCUCAGACCUUUCCUCCAGUACCAGUAAGAAGAAGCAGAAGGACAGAGCCAACCAGGAGAGCAGAGAGGCCAAGAGGGCGGCAGCUGCUGCUGCUGCUGUGGUAGAAGGAGUCAUAGCAGAGGUCAAGAAAGAUGUAUUUGUGGACUGGAAGCAGAAUGUCAAUGAAGUGACUGUGAGGCUGCGCUGUGGGGAGGGGAUUCAGAGGAUAGAGGACAUCAACACAACCUUCACCGAUACACACUGCCUUGUGUGCUUCCCAGAUGGACGGCAGUGGAGCUGCCAGUUGCAGGAGGAAAUUGAGGCUUCGUGCAGCAGAGUCCAGUACAAGGAGAAGGGAGGAUUCCUGCAUCUCAUUAUGCACAAGAAGAUUCCCUUUCAUAUCUGGCCGUCGCUUAAGUCAAACAAGAAGGAGAAGGAGGCUGCACCACCAGAAACCAAAAAUGAGAAGGAACCCAAGGUGCUACCGGUUGCCUCGGGGUCAUCGGACAAUUCCAGACUGACCUCAGCACCGCCACAACUUCAUCCCCAUCCUCCCUCCUCGCCGCUCACCGAGUCAAGACGCACCGGUGGCAAAGCCGAGCGUUUAGCCAAGCGUUGUGUGAAAAACAAACCAGGGCGUGACAAGGCCACUGUAGAGUCUGUAGAGAUGACGACGGGUGGAGCUGGCGACAGCCCAGGAGCCACCGGCAAGCCUGUUUCUAACACAAGGGGCGAGCAGCAGCAGCAGCAGCCUCAGGAACACGGUGCCAAGCGCUCCGUUGUGCAGCCGCCCAAGACCAUAAAGCAAGCUACAUCGUCUGCUGACAAGGACACACAUUGUGUAAACACCAAUGAUAAUAAAGCGCCUAACACGCACCUGCCUGCUGGUCGGAGCCCGCAGACACAAUGCAGGGAUUUGGAUAACAGAGUAGAGAGACUGGACCGUGGUGAGGAGCAGAACGCUGGAGUUGCCGUCACUGCUGCCGACAGCCAUACCAACACAACUCAGGCGGCAGAGAAACAAAACCAGUCUUUAGAAAGGUGUGGGACUACAGGCGACGACGUCGAAAGCCAAUCAGCAACUCCCAAGAGUGACUGCCUCAAACCUGUCAUCUUCAACAACGACACAGACUCUGCUUCUCCAUGCACAAGGCUGGGAGACGGGACAGACACGGAGCCACAGCCAGAGGAGAAACCUGUUGAGCAGGAAUCGGAGCAGGAUUCUCUGAUCCGGCAGCAGCUCGGGUCAACGGAGACGUUACCAGUACCGACUGUUGGAAUGGGUGCCAAACAGAACUCUGCACCUGCACCUGCGGUCGCCGAGAGCCAGCAGGGCAGCAGUGACGGAGAGGAGAAGCGUGACCAGUUGAAGGAGGAGCCUUUGGAGAUCAAGCAAGAGGAAGAGCCGAUGGUCAACCUGCAGUUUGUGAAGAAUGAUUCGUACGAGAAGGGCACGGACCUGAUGGUGGUUAACGUUUACAUGAAGGGCAUCUGCAGGGACACGGCCGGGGUCAUCUUCAGGGAGCAGGACUUCACCCUUAUCUUUCAGACGAGUGACGCUAACUUUCUGCGGCUUCAUUCAGGCUGUGGACCAAACACGGUCUUCAAGUGGCAAGUCAAACUCAGGAACCUGAUCCAGCCUGAGCAGUGCAGCUAUUCGUUCACCCCGUCCCGCCUGGACAUCACCCUGAAGAAGAGACACAGCCAGCGCUGGGGGGCCCUGGAGGCUCCUGCCUCACAAGGUGCAGUGGGUGGUGCCAAGGUUGCUGUGCCCUCCAGCCCUGCCUGCAUGGAGAAAAGCCAGCCAGGCAGCAGCCAGCACAGCCCCCCCACCAAGGAGGAGCCUCCGAGGGUCGGUGAGGAGAAACCCAAGGCCCCGAAGGCUUCGUCCAGGGUGGAGGACGGUGGUCUGGAUUCUGUGGCUCCUCGCUCCGAUCAUGUUGCCAUCACUAAGCCGGAACCCACGGUUACUUCACCUAAGCCUACCUGCAUGGUGCAGCCCAUGACUCACGCUCCUCCUGCCAGCAAUGAGCGGCAUGAGGAAGAGGAGGAGAAGAAGGUGUGCCUGCCUGGUUUUACAGGACUGGUCAACCUGGGCAACACCUGCUUCAUGAACAGUGUCAUCCAAACCCUGUCCAACACCAGAGAACUCAGGGAUUACUUCCAUGAUCGAGCGUUUGAGGCGGAAAUCAACUGCAGCAAUCCGCUGGGAACAGGAGGCAGACUCGCCAUCGGCUUUGCAGUGCUACUCAGGGCCCUUUGGAAGGGAACACACCAUGCCUUCCAACCCUCAAAGCUCAAGGCAAUUGUUGCCAGUAAAGCCAGUCAGUUUACAGGCUACGCCCAGCACGAUGCCCAAGAGUUCAUGGCCUUCCUGCUGGACGGGCUCCACGAAGACCUGAACCGGAUUCAGAAUAAACCGUACACGGAGACCGUCGACUCUGACGGACGGCUGGACGAGGUGAGUGUGGUGGCAGAGGAAGCGUGGCAAAGGCACAAGAUGAGGAACGACUCCUUCAUAGUCGACCUCUUCCAAGGCCAGUUUAAAUCCAAGCUUGUGUGCCCCACAUGCUCCAAGGUGUCCAUCACCUUUGACCCCUUCCUGUACCUGCCAGUCCCUUUGCCCCAGAAACAAAAGGUGCUCUCAGUUUUCUACUUUGCUAAGGAGCCCCAUAAAAAACCCAUCAAGUUUUUGGUGAGCGUGAGCAAAGAGAACUCCAGCACUGCUGAAGUCCUCGAAUCCAUUUCACGGAGCGUCAGGGUGAAACCAGAGAAUCUCAGACUUGCAGAGGUCGGGAAGAACCGUUUCCAGCGCAUGUUCCUCGCGUCCGAUUCCCUGGACACGGUGUCCUCUUCUGAUAUGCUGUUCUGCUUUGAGGUGCUAUCUAAAGACCUGGCCAAAGAGAGAGUGGUGUUGCUUCGAGUGCAACAGAAACUGCAGGUCCCUAAUAUCCCCAUCUCAAAGUGCGCCGCCUGCAUGAAGCCUCCGGUGUCGGACGAAGACAAGCUGAAGCGAUGCACUCGCUGCUAUCGCGUUGGCUACUGUAAUCAAGCUUGUCAGAGGACACACUGGCCCAAUCACAAGGCUUUGUGUCGACCCAACAUGGAGAAUGUGGGCCUGCCCUUCCUGGUCAGUGUGCCAGAGUCUCGACUCUCCUAUACCCGCCUCACUCAGCUGCUCGAGGGUUACUCCAGGUUCUCUGUCAACGUGUUCCAACCUCCUUUCCAGUCAGGCAGAACGUCCCCAGAAACAUCUCAGUGCCGGUUAGACCUUCCACCAGUGCCAUCGGGUUUACCUGACGGCGUUGGGAAUGGGGACGGGGCCACAGGUGGAAGCACUGGUCCUGUGACGGGUGCUGGUGAUGUUGGGCCGGACAGCCAGUCUGUGUCGCCUGAGUCGCAGGCAGAGUACAGCCAGGCCCCGGCCUCUCACUCUGUGGAGGCAGAUUCCAUCUCCUCCUCCCAGACUUCCCUCUCCACCAUGCACACGACAGAUUCAGGAUUCUCUGAGCCGGCCUCCACAGCGUCCUGCUGCUCUGUGGACCCUCAUGCUGAAAAAGAGACAUCCUGUGAGAAGGCAGUGCGGCCGGAAGCUGCGGUCACUGGAUAUCAACAUCCGAGUGAGUCAGCAUCAGGUCACGCCAGUCAGUUCUACAUCUAUCUUCUGGACUCCAGCAACAAGGAACAGAGGCUGGAUGAGAAAGAGGACUUCCUCACAGACCUUUCUGAAGACAUGACCCUGGAGCUGGUGUGGAAGAACAACGAGCGUCUGAAGGAGUAUGUCCUGGUGAGCUCCAAGGAGCUGGAGUAUGAAGAGGACCCUGGUUCUCUGAGUGAGACGGCAAGAGCAGGACACUUCACCCUGGAACAGUGUCUCAACCUCUUCACCAAACCGGAGGUGUUGGCACCAGAGGAGGCAUGGUACUGUCCAAAGUGCCAGCAGCACCGCGAGGCCUCCAAGCAGCUGCUGCUGUGGCGUCUGCCCAACGUUCUGAUCAUCCAGCUCAAACGCUUCUCCUUCAGGAGCUUCAUCUGGAGGGAUAAGAUCAACGACAUGGUUGACUUUCCAGUCAGGAAUCUGGAUCUGAGUAAGUUCUGUAUCGGCCAGAAGGAUGAGAUGCAACAACCUCCCAUCUACGACUUGUACGGCGUCAUCAACCACUAUGGAGGAAUGAUCGGAGGCCAUUACACGGCCUACGCUCGCUUGCCGAGCGACAAGAACAGCCAGCGCAGUGAUGUUGGCUGGCGUCUGUUUGACGACAGCACCGUGACCAUGGUGGAGGAGAGUCAGGUGGUGACGCGCUACGCUUACGUCCUCUUUUACCGGCGACGCAACUCCCCCGUAGAAAGACCGCCUCGCUUCCUAAGGCCCAUGGGAGCCGAGUCACCCACUGCCGCAGGAGCUACUGCCAGCCAGGCCUCUCUGAUAUGGCAGGAACUGGAGGAGGAAGAGGAGGGGCUUGUCGAAGGCCCCCGCGGACUGUUCCGCUCGUCGCUGUGGAGGCGGCAAACUCGGAUGAACCGAGGCAACGGAGACGAAGAUGAAGAAAAAGAAGAGAGGGCUGAAGGCUCGGUGCCACGGCGCCGGCGGCAGCGGAUGUCGGAAUAUCCCGACGACGACUGCGUGCGAUACUUUGUCGUGGGCACGCUGGCUGCCGUGUUUGCUCUGCUGGUCAACCUGCUCUACCCGCUUCUUUACAAAAGCUGAGCAGCAGCUGCAAACCUGGUCAGAAACAUGAAUGUGAGGUUAGAGGUUUGAGACUUCGCCUCUCUGUCCUGUCCUGCAACAUACCUCAACCUUGUUUUAAAAAAAAGCUUUUGGUACUGCUUCACACUUAGGGCUUGUUUUGAGUGUUAAAGCGAUAGUUCAGGUGUCGCUGUGUAAGAAACGUAGUCAGAGCUGAGUGUGUUUGUGUUCUCCCAACUGGGAACUAGUGUUGGACACUCACUGAAAACAUGGCUGCCAGUGAGGAAGAAAAAACUAUUUAGCCUCAUAAAAUCCACACAGUUCAAUCUGCAACAUCUCAAAAUACAUGUGCCACAUUAUUUCACUGUUAUCUACACGGUUAACUGAAGUGUGUAUCCCUUUGUUAUCCGCCGACUCCCCAGUACCAAAGCCCAUAGAGAAAAUCAAGUCCAUGGCCUCAUCUCAAGCAAGUUUAUGUCACGGUGCACAAACGUUGAUCCACUUCUUCCUCUAUCAUUGGAUUCAAAUGUGUGAUUUAAUGAAUUCUGUGUUUUGAAAUCCUUGGUUCUGAUUAACAUAAACGACAGAAACUUGCCAAAUGUGGUUUCACUAGACCAGCAGCCUCUGUGUCACGUCAGCUAAAAAUGCUGAUUUUCUCUAUGGACUUUGGUGUGGACGAGUAAGCAGUGAACAAACUUAUUUCCACUCCUAAAAACAAAUCACAUUUUUAGUCAAAAACCUGAACUAUCACUUUAAAUCUGCAACACAGCUCAACAGUUUAAAAAGCAUUAGCACCAUUUCACACAGAUGUCACUGAGGACCUGUGAUAGCACAGAAAACCUGGUUUUGUUAAAAAACACGUCCUGUAGUUGAUCUGUGUCUCAUGAAGACUUGAAUCCUUCUUCACUGAAGGACCAUGAAAACUGUGAGAUGUGCUUAGAGAGCUCAUGACGAUGUUGCUACAUCUGUAUUUUUGUUUGGGUUGAAUAAGCUCUAUAGAUGUACAGUAAUAUGUGAAAGAUUUAUAAGCUGAGAAUUCCAGGAAAGUCUUCUGUCUCUUACCAGUGACACGUGAAACCACUGUCAAAGGCCUUUUAGUCCACUUUUUAUUGCACUACACUUUUAAAAGUAUCAAAUGUACGAGACGCUCAGCGGCUGCAGUUAAUCCUGGACUGAACUGAAGCUUCUGAUUUUCUCCUGAUGUGGAUUAUGCAUUGUUUUCUUCUUUAUGUCUUAUCUUAUGCUUUUAAGUGGCCUAUUUCAACAAUAUGUACUGUUUUUGAUUUGUCAAAUGUUGCAUAUUGUUUGUUACUAUUAUUAUUAUUGUUGAGGAAACUGUCACAAUCUGUUCUUCAUCUCUGUUUCAACCAAGUAACAUGAAUUUCCGUCCACUAAUGCAACCUAUAACUAUGAUUAGUAUUCUUUUGAGUGGGAAUCUCGUAAACCCAGGGAUGCAGGAUAUUGUCGGCACACUAUCGGCCAAUAAUUGGUUGUUAAAUAAUAUUAUCGGGUUAUUGGAGACAUGCCCAAUUUUGAUGUUAAUUUCACUCCAGAGGAGACAAAAUGACCUCUGCAGCUGGACACACACACUGUGUCCUUCGUCGUCUAUUUGACUGCUUGUCCUAAUGUCUUUACUCUUUCUUAAAUCCAAUAAUUCUUUGUUUUGUUUAGUAUUGAGUUCUCAGGAAAAACUCCCUGUGUGUAAGACGGUGCAGAGUCACCUGGAUUUGCCUUAAGUGCUCGCCGUCGUCUCACGUCAGACGUUAUGCAAUGGACUGAGGUCCAGUCCAGUCUGUAUAUUAUGAGACUGUAGCAUGUGCUCGACAUGUUUCACACGACUGUGGAAAUGAACUUGAAUGUGUGAGAGUGUGAAAUCUGGUAAUCACCUGAUUGUAAAACGGCAGUGAAUUCACAUCCUUAGCAAAGAAUUACAACAUCGAAAUUAGGGCUGUGGCAGUUCAUCACUUAUUUAUCAAUAACUGAACUAAUCGGCAGCUAUUGUGACCUAAUUGUUGUCGUUUUAAAGCUUCUGGAAUGUGAAUAUUCUCUGAAUUCAGUCGUCUAUGUCAAAGAAACUUGACCAAGUACCAAAUUCCACAGAGAAAUUCAGCAAUUUUAUGUCACAGCACAGAAAAGUUGUGGAUCCAUUAAUUCCUGUCACUGAGUUAAAAUGUUUGAUUUUAUGAAUUCUGUAUUUGAAAUCCUUGUUUUGUGAAUUACAUGUGCGACACAUAUUUACCAAACAUGGCAGCAGUAGAGCAGCAGCCUGUGUGUGCGCAGCUGAAGUCUGAGCGAGCCGUCACUCAGACUUCAGCUCUGCUACACUACAACACAACUUAGCUGAAACCAUUUAAUGGCCCAGAAUGAACUUAUUUGUUAAUUGGAGAAAAUAAUCGACUGAUAAAUCAAUAAUUUGCUGCAGCUCUAAUCUGAAUGUUGAUGUUUUACUUUGUUUGAUUAUAGGAUAAAACCAUAAUGUUGUAUGUUGAAAGAAUAACCUUGUAUUUUUAUGGAAAUAAUCUAAAAUGUCUAUAAUAUAGUUAUUAUGAUGAUUAUGUAAUCGUAGUUUCCUGCAAUAAUGUAUCUAAGAUACCUCCAUCCAAAUGCUGCUUUGUAGAACAUUAAAACCAUUGUUUUGAAAAUAAA